CCUGUUGACAGGAUACCUCAAGUAAGUCAAGAGCUUCUCAUUUCCAAUUUGAAACAAAAUGCGUGCGCAGUCCUCGUGAAGAUAUUGCCGUUUCCAUGCGUCAAUCUCUCCUAAACGAAAGGACAUUUUUGUGGAUUUUAUUGCUAUUAUAUGCAAUGGGCUGUAUUCAGAGUAUCAGGUGUAAGCCGAAGAGUUUCCGUGAGAGUAUCAUCGUUCUCGAGGUGAACUCCUCCAUCGAUUCCAACCCUACCAGCAUAGACGAAUCGUCCAGCGUUGUGCUGCGCUACCGGACACCCCACUUCCGUGCAUCGGCUCGGGUUCUGGUCCCGCCCGUAGCUGACAAGGAGACCUGGACGGUUGGCUGGAUCCAAGCGUGCAACCACAUGGAGUUCUACAACAAAUACGGAUCGAAAGGGAUGUCAAGCUGGGAGCUUCCAGAUCUGCGUGACGGAAAGAUCCAGGCUAUUAGCGAUUCGGAUGGUGUCAACUACCCCUGGUAUGGAAACACCACGGAAACCUGCACAGUGGUCGGCCCUACCAAAAAGGACACCAAGUUUGUCGUCAGCAUGAACGACAACUUUUACCCGAGCGUGACCUGGGGUAUCCCAGUGAGCGACAGCAACGUUCCUCAACUCACCAGCAUCCAUCGUGACCAGAGCUUCACCACCUGGUUGGUGGCGAUUAACCAGACUUCAGGAGAGACGCUGGUGUUGCAGACAGUACGCUGGCGUAUGCAGCUGAAUAUCGACGUGGACCCGGACAAAUCGCUUGGUAAGAGGGCCACGCUGAGGGAACCCCUGGUUCAGGAGCAACCGCAGGUGCUGGGGAAGAACGAGCCCAUUCCACCCAAUGCCAUGGUUAAACCAAAUGCCAAUGAUGCCCAGGUUCUCAUGUGGAGACCCAAGACAGGUAACCCUGUCGUGGUCAUCCCACCCAAAUACUGAGAGACUGGACCUGUUGUUUUGUAUUUGGCUGAGAAAUUCUGAUGAUGAGAAAAAAAAAUGGAUUAAUGGCAGUUAGGAGGAGCACAACUCUCAGAAACUCUCGCCUCAGUGGGAUAUUUCU